AUGAUACAUCAGUUGCUUCCAUUUCAUCCUAACUCUGAGGAACUACUUUCCAAGACUCAUCUUGUCAUGAUUCAAACCAACAUUUUUGAUUGCGGUGGCAUUGCCAUUGGCCUCUACGCCUCUCACAAGAUUGUUGAUGGUCUCUCGCGAUUGACAUUCCUAAACUCUUGGGCAGCUAGAGCACGUAACGAGUCAUCAAAACAAGUAAAUCCCAGUUUUAUUUCGUCUUCUGUAUUUCCUCCUGAUCCAAGUUUAUCUACCUAUUCACAUUCCAACUUCCACAAUCAUACCAAAGAAAAGCAUAACUUUGUCACCAGCAGGUUCGUGUUUGAUCAUUCCGCCUUGGCUUUACUUAAAAUCAAAGCUGCGUGCUCAUCUACUCCGAUACCAAGUUCCAUCGAAGUUGUUAUGGGACUUCUAUCGAAAUCUUUCAUAAAUACCACAAAAGUUAAAUAUGGGGGUAACAAAACACCAGUUUUGGCACCAGUGGUGGAUCUCAGAUCAAGAAGUUCACCUCCUUUGCCUCCUCAUUCGUUUGGAAAUAUUUUUUGUAAGACUACACUGUUUGUGGAUGAUUUUAAUCCUGAGCUACCAUUAUUGGUGCAUCAAAUAAGUGAUGCCAUUGCCAGUAUUGAUGGUGAUUUUGUUGAAGGUAUAAAAGGUGAUGAUCGGUUGCUGAAGUUAAUCGGGCCUAAGAAACAUUUGAGGGAGAAGUACUCUUACAAUGCUGAAUCUUUUCCACUCUCCAGUGUUUGCAGGAGUGGUCUUUAUGAGGCUGACUUUGGGUGGGGAAAACCUAUAUGGGCAUGCCUCGGCAGUGGGGACACUGACCCAUAUGGAGUGGGAAAUCUAGUCAUUUUGAUGGAUACAAGAUCAGGAGAAGGGAUAGAAGCAUGGGUGACUAUAAAAGAAGAACUCAUGGCUAUAUUCGAGAAAAAUCAGGAGCUCCUCGCUUUUGCUUCUUUGAAUCCUAGCCCUCUUGAAAUUUAG